UAUCUUUGUUUGGCUGCUGAACAAAACGCCCGAAACGAAAGAUCUAGUACAAACUACGCUUCCCAUCACUAGAGCUGUAGUAAACACCAUUACCCAGAGUUCAGGAGCACUGCCUCGGCAAGAUGGCGGCGAAUCCGAGUGCAAACGCCCCCCGUUUUGACUGUCCGUCAUGGGCAGGAAAACCACCGCCUGGACUCCAUUUGGAUGUAGUUAAAGGAGACAAGUUGAUAGAGAAACUAAUCAUCGAUGAGAAAAAGUUCUACUUGUUUGGAAGGAACCCAGACCACUGUGACUUCACGAUAGACCAUCAGUCAUGCUCACGUGUGCAUGCAGCACUCGUCUAUCACCGUCACCUCAAGAGGGUCUUCCUCAUCGACCUCAACAGCACCCAUGGCACCUUUUUGGGUAGAAUUCGUCUGGAGCCCCAUAAACCUCAGCAGGUGCCCAUCGACUCCACUAUGUCGUUUGGGGCAUCCACGCGAGUAUACACGCUGAGAGAGAAGCCGCAAACGCAGCCCAGCACUGCAGCAGGUGACAGUGGUGUGGAGGACGAAGAGCUGAAAGGACUGCUCGGCUUACCGGAAGAAGAGACCGAGCUAGAUAACCUGACUGAGUUCAACACAGCGCACAACAAGCGCAUCUCUACUCUCACCAUCGAGGAGGGAAACCUGGACAUCCAGAGACCCAAGAGGAAGAGGAGAAGCUCUCGAGUGUCCUUCAGCGAGGAAGAGGAGAUCAUUAACCCUGAGGAUAUUGACCCAUCGGUUGGCCGUUUCAGAAACAUGGUGCAGACCGCAGUCGUACCCUUAAAGAAGAAGAAAUCUGAAGGACAUGGCGCCCUUGCUGUGGAGGACAGCGUGGUACGUCGUUUCCAGAACUUCCCCCUCAGCUCAGGCCUUUACGGGGACCUACCCCCUGCCAGUCAUGAGGCGAGCACCCAGGACAGCGAGCACCAAGCAGGCUCGGCCAUCUUGAGCGGCCUCCCUUUGCCCUUCCCCAACCCAGCUCCAGAGGUGGAUGUCUUAACCGCCACAGCACAGCCGGCAGCCAUGUUGAACCCAAGCCCCGCCCCUGGACCAUACACAGCCGAAUCUAUGAACGAGCCACGCAAGAAGAAGUACGCCAAGGAGGCGUGGCCUGGAAAGAAACCCACACCUUCACUACUCAUCUAAUGCGUAUUAUUGAAUGGCGUGAUGACGUGUGCUUGAUUUUUAUGCGUGAAACGUUAAACAUAAAACUUCUAAAGUCUCUAAACGGCAUUUUCAGAAAUCUCCGUCAUGUCGCAGUAUCAGAAAAAGCUCCUA